GUGAGUGGUACAAUUGGCUGAGUCGGGUACGACACUGUCCUUUGGCGUUUCCUGUCAGGGACAGUCAACAGUCUCAGCCUUUUCUCUCUUUUUAAAAAAAACAAUCCCCCCAUCCAAACCGUUAAACCACAUAAACCGAAACGGGGGGGACAUCAUUACAGUGGAGUUAACAUGUCCGGGAAAAAAGAAAGUGACGGAGGAUGGAGGACGUUUCUUUGGAAUUCAGAGAAAAGAGAGUUUCUGGGACGAACUGGGGGCAGCUGGUUUAAAAUCUUCCUGUUCUACGUCAUCUUCUACGGGUGCUUGGCUGGGAUUUUCAUCGGGACCAUUCAGGCCAUGCUGCUUACAUUAAGUGACUAUAAACCCACCUAUCAGGACAGAGUCGCUCCCCCAGGUCUUUCACACACACCCCGCUCAGACAAAUCUGAAAUUUCUUUCACAAUUUCUGAUGAGUCUACAUAUAAGAAGUACGUCGACAGCAUGAAGGCUUUGCUUGACCAAUAUGAUGACGAGAAACAGAUUGGCGACGUGAAAUAUGAGGACUGUGGAGUAACUCCUCAGCCAUACAAGGAGCGCGGCAGUCUGGACGAUGGUAGCGGUCAGAAGUCAUCGUGCAUCUUCAGAAGAUCUUGGCUUGAGAGCUGCUCCGGUUUGAAUGACAAAGAUUUUGGCUUCAAGCAAGGAAAACCAUGCCUCAUCGUCAAGCUCAACAGGAUUGUCAACUUUAGACCAAGGGCUCCAUCCAAGAACGACUCUCGUAUAGAAGCUCUGCAGAUAAAAACGGCUGAUAACCUGAUCCCAGUUCACUGCAAAAAUAAGAGAGAGGAAGAUGAAAGCAAGAUCGGAGAGAUCAAGUACUUUGGCAUUGGAGGGGGCUUUCCUCUGCAGUACUACCCAUACUACGGCAAACGGCUGCAUCCCAAUUACCUGCAGCCUCUGGUGGGCAUUCAGUUCACCAACCUCACCAUUGGUCAGGAGCUCCGCAUCGAGUGCAAAGCAUACGGAGCAAACAUUGACUACAGUGAGAAAGACCGUUAUCAGGGACGCUUUGACGUUAAGUUCACAGUGAACUCAUGACCUCAGCCGCGAUGAGCACUCUAAAAACAAAGUAAAUGUAGAGAAUUCAAGAGUUCAGAUAAACACCACUAGUCUUUGAACAUUCAUAAUAUACAGGACCUACACUUAAUCUGUGUGCUUUACACUAGCUUUUCUGUGUUCUUUGUCGAGUUAGAAUGUAAAAUACAAGAGUAGCAAUAGCAAAUAUUUAUUCUACUGUAAAUGAAAAUAUUCCUUGAGCCAUGGGAUGUUCAUCAAUUACUGUAAAGCUGCAAUUCCACUACUGAUGUGUAGCGAGUUGUGUUUCUGUCCCCAAGGUAUUUCAUUCUCACGUGGUUUCUAUAUAUUUUUGGAGUGUCCAGAGCUGUAGUCCUGUUGUAAUCUCCUUUUUGUCUUAUGUCAGCUUUAGUGGUCCAAGGUGUGUGCGUGCGCACAUGCCCGUGUCUGUGUGCAGGCGUGUUAGUUCAUGUGAGCGUGUGGUCUUCAAUGUGCUCUGACUAACUGAAAUACUAGCAUGGUACUCUGAACCUUUAAGGCCCAUGUAUGAGUAAAUGAUUUCGCUCCAUGGAAUAGUUUUUUUUUCUUUAUUUUUGUGUGUGUUUUUUUGAGUCAGCUGUACUCAUUUGUACACAUUUUGUUCAUCUUAUCCAUUAUAGAUGGUUUAUGACAUUUCUGUUUGAUGCUCUUGUUCAUUCGUUCAUCUGUUCAUUCUUAAUUCGUAGUGUAGAGCUUUGUGGGUCCAGCCUAGAAGACUGUCACCUCCGCGGAAACAGUGGCAACUUAGUGCUUUGAAUCUGUUUUGCUGGAGACGUCACGUUACGUGAUGCAACUUACUAUUGAAUGUUUUAGCCAUUUUCAUGGUGGAAGAAUUUUAUAUUUAUGCAGUUGUACAUUUUUUUUCAAAGUGUAAUGUAUGAAUACCAAAGUCGCUGGUCAAAACAGAAUAUCAGAGGCGAUGCAGUAUCCCGUGUAAUAAAAUGUUUAGUUGGUGUGAAAAUACUUAAUUCAAUGUUGAAGAUCAAAACACAUGUCAGGAGGAUGCUCUUGUCACUUUAUUUAAUCUGCAUAAGGCUGAAACAAUAAAC